AUGAUCUUUAGGUCUUUCACAACUUCAAGAGUUCUCAAUUCCAUCACACAAUUUCGUAAAAUGCAUAUUGAAUCAAUUCCUAUGAGAUGGGGGCUGGGGGAUAAUUACUCUUACUUGUUAAUUGACGAUAAAUCGAAAAAUGCUUGGUUAAUUGAUUCAGCAGUUCCUGAAGAAGUUACAUCAUAUAUCAAUUCCAAGAAGCUCCAAUAUGAAUUGAAAGCAAUUGUUAAUACCCAUCAUCAUUAUGAUCAUUCUGAUGGUAACCCAUAUUUCCAUAAAAAGUAUCCUGAUUUGCCAAUUAUUGCUGGAAAGGAUUCUCCAUUGGUUACAUAUACUCCAUCACAUGAAGAAGUGAUAGAUUUGGGGGAUAAUUUAUCCAUUACUGCUUUACAUACACCUUGUCAUACUCAAGAUUCGAUAUGCUAUUAUGUCAAAGAUGCCAAAACGGGUGAAAAGGCUGUUUUUACGGGAGACACGUUGUUCAUUAGUGGCUGUGGUCGGUUCUUUGAAGGCACUGGUGCAGAAAUGAAUGUGGCAUUGAAUAAGAUAUUGGCGAAGUUGCCUAAGGAUACUAAAGUUUAUCCAGGACACGAGUACACCAAAUCAAAUGUUAAAUUUUCAAGCAAGAUUUUACAAAAUGACGCCAUUGUAAAGUUGAAAUUGUUUUGUGAGGAGAAUGAAUACACUACCGGUAAGUCGACCAUUGGUGAUGAAUUACAGUAUAACCCAUUUAUGAGGUUAACUGAUCCACAAGUGCAAGAAAAAACCGGGUUGGUUGAUCCCGAUAAAGUGAUGGACAAACUACGUGAAAUGAAGAACAACUCAUAG